GAUAAGUGAUAAAGUAAAUUUCAAUCCGAUCAUUAAAAUUGUAGUGGUGUGAAAGCAAAUUAAGUAAAUUAUCAUUGUGACGUCUACUACGACCGACUGUUGGUGUUUUUCAUUAAUUAUUAUUAUUAUUGCUCGGUUUUCAGUUUUCGUAAAUGUCCAAAAUAAUUAUAUAAUAGCAUAAUCACUUGUAUUAUCAUAAAUUCUUAUAAUCACUGAAUCUCCAAAAAAAGAAUCGUUUCAUUUUUUUAUGUCGCUGCGAAAUAUGUAAGAAAAUAAUCUUCCAAGUGUCAAUCAGCUACAAAAUUCACAAUGUCUUCGAGAGUGUUGCGAAAAAUGGGCUUACAGGACGAUCAUGACCUGCCACCUGUUAAAGACGAUGCGAGCGAUGACACUGAAACGAGUUCUGGCGGUGUAAAUAAAAAACGGCACUUAAACAUGUACGAUUUGCUAAAUAAUGGUUCUAUGUCUGAGUCUGAAGUGAAAGAAGACGAUGACCAUGAGACUACUGGUUCCGUAAACAAGAAAGAUGAAAACAUGUCAUACGAUAAAGAAAACAUUAGAAGGAAAAAGAAGAAAAAAAGAAAGAAGUCGGGUAAAGUAUUAUCAUCACAUACUCGUAGCAGUGAAGAUAAUGUUGAAGACGAAGUGGAAAGGAGUGUACGUGAAGUGAAUAAAAUAUUGGGUGAAGUACCGGACAAAGGUGAAGAUGAAGAUGAUGAAGCUACUUCAUCACAGAAUAUGUUGCACAAUCGUGACACUAUAUUUUUCAAAAAUAUAUUGUCUGUACAGCAUCGAAAUCUUAACCCAAAUAAUGAACUGCGUAAAAUGUUUGGACGUGUUGUUCAUCAAGCUGAGCUUAGCAAACGCAAGUUUAGAGGAAGAAAUCAUUUGAAAACUACAUGGUUGGUUACACCUAAAGACAAUUGGCCACCUGUCGGAAAAUCAGGUUCAACAAUGAAAUAUUUGGAAAGCAAAAAUGGUAUUAUGUAUUUUGCCUUUGAAAAUAGUACAGAAUAUCAACAUGUUCAAUUGCAACUCUUUACAGCUGUGGCUCACAUGGCAUCUAGAAAUCUGGUGAACAUUAUCAAUAACCAUCCAUACCAUGUUGACGUACUUUUACAAAUGACAGAAUGGGCACGACUUAGUGAAGACUUGCCAGUCGCAGCUGAACUCACUGAACAGGCACUGUACUCAUUGGAAAAUUCAUUCCAUCCCAUGUUUAGUUUGUCAAAUGGAAAAUGUCGUUUAGACUACCGUUUACAUGAAAAUAGAGCACUGUUCCUGACUUUAUACAGACAUUUAACAUUUGUUGGACUGAGAGCCUGUUAUCGUACAGCUUUGGAAUUCUGCAAACUUCUUUUAUCCCUAUCUCCAAUGGAUGAUCCUCUUGCUGUAGUACUAUGUAUUGAUUUUUACGCUUUACGCUCGUCCGAAUAUACAUGGUUCAUUCAUUUUGUGAAUGCUUUUGAUUCCGCAAGAAAUCUAACACAGCUUCCUAAUAUCAAGUUUUCUCUUGCGGUUGCUAAAUGGCAAAAAGGUGAUGUUGAAACUGCUCAUACAUUAUUACAAGAAGCAUUAAUGAUGUUUCCUGGCGUUCUAAUACCUCUGUUAGAAAAGUGUUCUAUCCAGGCUGACAAACGAGUCAAUGCACAUUCAUUCUUCACUACAUAUGCUACAGACACUCAACCGAAAUCAUUGUCUUACUUAAUAUCCAUGUAUAUAACGAGAAGUUAUCAUAUAUGGAAAGAAGUUCAGCUAUUACCAUGGCUUGAGCGCAACGUGCAAAUUGUACUUGAUAGAGUAGAUGCUAAGGACCCAUUAGUGAAAAACAUGGAAAUAUUACGAACAACUUUGUACAGUGCCAAACCACCAUUGAACAUACACCGACAUUUGUUAUUGUCAGAUAUGAGUGACACAAUCGCACCACCGGCUGAGGCGGUAACAAGUCCAAUUCUCAUUAUGGACCCAUUUCCACCACCAGAUGGAACAUCAUUUUACAAUUCCAGAACUACAAACGAUAGCCUCAGUAGAGCAGCUGUGGAAAAUCAUUCUCUUUUUUCUACAUUCUUCCGUUCAUUAAAUCCUGUGUUUCAAGCCCUUUCUGAUGAAAGUAAUGUUGACGAAGAGUUAGCAGCUGAGGCUGAAGCUGUCGCAAGACCUGUAAUAACAAUGGUUGGUGAGCAAAUUGAGGAAAUGAGAAGUGAUUUACGUCAGAGUGUCAACUCUUUGUUAGAUGCUAUGAGGGAUUUACUGUCCAACGUUCACUCACCAAAUAUACCAGCAGAUGGUGAUAUUGAUGACGAUUCUGAGCUCACGGAUACAGCAUAAUAGUAAAAUUGAAUAAACUUUAAAGUUUUAUCAGA